UUGGCUGGCUCAGAAUUUUGCUUUGUAAUUUAUGUAGUUGGGUUUAAUUAUUUUACACUUUAGGCCUCCCACAGUUCCACUUCUAUUUUAUUUUUCUUCAAAAAAAUCCUAUUUUUUAAUUAGUUCCGACGUAUAAAUUAUGGCUAAAUCAAAUGGACCUCGCGUCUGUAUUAUUGGUGCUGGGGUUGCUGGUCUUACUUCUGCAAAAUGUUUAAAAGAUGAAGGAAUCAACUUUACAGUUUUAGAAUGUUCUCAAAAUCUGGGUGGUAUGUGGAAAUAUGAAGCAACACGAGCAACUGAUCACUAUAACUCAAUAUUGCACACAAGUAUGUUUGGAGAUUUAAGGUUAAAUUUACCACAUCCCACAAUGGAACUACUUGGUUUUCCAAUACCAAAACAUUUGCAUUUCUUUCCUAAUGCAGAAUUAUAUUAUUACUACAUUGUGUCUUAUGCUGAACAUUUUAACUUAAAGAAGUAUAUACAGUUUCUUCAGAAUGUCACAUCAGUGCGGCGGGAAGGAAAUGUAUGGAAAGUAAAAACCAUAAAUGUACUAAACGGAACAGAGCAAGAAGAUGAAUAUGACUUUAUUAUUAUAGGAACUGGACACUUUAGUAAUCCUAAUGAGCCAAAAAUUCCAAAUGAAGAACUUUUUAAAGGAGAAAUAUUGCAUACCAAAAACUAUAGAGUUCCUACUAUAUACGAAAACAAACGUGUUUUAAUCGUGGGUGGGGGAACCUCCGCAUGGGAUAUUGUUAUAGAAAUGCUUAACUACGCUAACACAGUGGUGCACAGCCACCAUUCUAAACAAAAUAGUAAAACCAAGUUCCCAGACAAGUAUGUAAGAAAACCUGAUGUUAAGGAAUUUAACGAAACUGGAGCUAUUUUUGUUGACGGUACUUAUAUAGAGAUUGAUGUUGUUAUUUACUGCACUGGAUUUAACUACACUUAUCCUUAUCUGGACUCAUCAUGUGGUCUAACGGUCAACAAGGACCAUGUGGUCCCGCUGUACAAAUGUCUUGUGAAUAUAAAUGAACCCAGUAUGGUGGUGCUGGGCCUGGUGAGGCGCGCCUGCCAUAUCGUAGCUUUAAACGCCCAGGUUCGUUACACCACAGCACUUAUAAAGGGUGAUUUCUCUCUGCCGUCCAAGGAAGAGAUGUUGAAUGUUUGGCAAAAGGAAGUUGAUGUUAUUCACUCUAAUGGACGACCCAUGUCUGAUUUACAUUUGUUAGGAGAUAAAGAGGAUCAGUAUUACAAGGAACUAUGUGAUGAAUCUGGCAUAGACAGAGUGCCCCCUGUCAUGUCUAAACUACGAAACGUAAGCAAUGAAGCAAAGCUAGAAAAUUUAUUCACUUAUAGAGAUUAUAUUUACGAACUGAUCGAUGAUAAAUCGUUUAGGAGGAUUGUACGUGUGAAAAAACGUGAUAGACUUAACGGCAAGGUGCCUGAAAGUAUACUGUUUGUUGCGGAUGCUCCCGACGUUUCGGCACAGUUUCAUGCACUAUGAUCACGGGCUGGCUGAAGUGAUGCGAUAGUGCGGAAAAAAGCCUAUGUAUUUAAACGGUCACAAAUUUUACAUCUCGAUCUUUGGAGCACAAGACAAUUCGUUAAUGGAUAACCAUUAAAAGACAUUAAUAGCCGUGGACGUCGCCGAUGAUCUAGGUCUAUGGAACGGAAAGACGUUAAGAUUCUCAUAUACCGAAAUAAUUCGGUUUGUUCAAAUAAAAAAAAUACAGCCAGAAAUGAAUA